UCAGCCGCAUUGACAGCUCAAUCAAAGACAUGGAGCACCGUUACGGCCACCGCAGAGCACCCGGAAAGUGGUCCCGACAAGAGCUACUUAGCCCAACAGUCGCCGUUUUUUCCUCAGGAAUUCCCGAAACUCGAUGGUGGGAAUGCCCCUCAAGACGGCGCCACAAAGCCAAGCGCCGACACCUCGUACGGUCCCGGACCCAGUCUCAGGCCUCAGACGGAGGGCAGUUGGGGCAGAGGGACACUCCCGCAGCCGCAGCCCGGCUUCAAUCCCAACGCAAACCAAUCACCGAAUGCUGGCAGCGGAGGGUUAGGACAGCCACAGUCCCCGCCCGCCGCCGGCGCUCCCAACGAUCAAAGCAUACAACAGCAGAUGGCCAGAGGUCUGUACCCGCAGUCGGGGGCCGGUCUCCCUCCGCCACGACCACCCAUUCCCGGCGCCGUUCCCAUUAUGCCCGCCGCUAACCAAUCGGGCGCUCCAUUAAUGCCCGGACAGACGCCUAUGAACUACAAUCAGUACCGAAUGAUGACUCCAUAUCCGCCACAUGUCCGUUCCCGCCGCAAGGAUAUGCGCCGCAACACGUCAGCCGCAUUGACAGCUCAAUCAAAGACAUGGAGCACCGUUACGGCCACCGCAGAGCACCCGGAAAGUGGUCCCGACAAGAGCUACUUAGCCCAACAGUCGCCGUUUUUUCCUCAGGAAUUCCCCAAACUCGAUGGUGGGAAUGCCCCUCAAGACGCCGCCACAAAGCCAAGCGCCGACACCUCGUACGGUCCCGGACCCAGUCUCAGGCCUCAGACGGAGGGCAGUUGGGGCAGAGGGACACUCCCGCAGCCGCAGCCCGGCUUCAAUCCCAACGCAAACCUAUCACCGAAUGCUGGCAGCGGAGGGUCAGGACAGCCGCAGUCCCCGCCCGCCGCCGGCGCUCCCAACGAUCAAAGCAUACAACAGCAGAUGGCAAGAGGUCUGUACCCGCAGUCAGUGGCCGGUCUCCCUCCGCAACGACCACCCAUUCCCGGCGCCGUUCCCAUUAUGCCGGCCGCUAACCAAUCGGGCGCUCCAUUAAUGCCCGGACAGACGCCUAUGAACUACAAUCAGUACCGAAUGAUGACUCCAUAUCCGCCACAUAUGGCUUACCCGAGAGGCACAUACCCUGGAGGUCCGUUCCCGCCGCAAGGAUAUGCGCCGCAACCCCCACCGCACGGACACAUGAAUCCACGACAGCCUUAUUUUCCAGAUGCGAGAGUCGGCCAAAGACCAGACGACGAGUCUGGCGGACGACCCGCACGACCGGCGCCUCCUAUUAUUACGGAUAAGGAUUUGAAAGGUUUCGACGAUAUCUUGGAAAAUGAUAAAGGCUUGCAAAAGGGUUGGGCCGCAGCUAAUACUGAGGUCGACUACAACGCAAAGAUUGUCUUCAGUGAUGACGAAGACUCUCAACCCAUGAAAGAGUCGGCCAAUUAUGGAGAGAUGCGGUCUAAUAGUGACAAACAGAAGGAUUGGGAGCGAAGGGACAGAGACUAUGACAGAGGGGACGAAAGGCCCAAAUCGUACCGAUCGGCUCAACAGCAGCAGCAGUGGCAACAACAACAACACCCACACCAACAGCAUAUGCCGGCCAACGCUCGCGUCAAUAACUUCGAUAAUCAGUCGCAACCACAACAACAACAACCACAACACGGCUCACAGCAGGGAUAUCCGCAAAGACAGCAAAUUCACUCAAAUUAUCCGCAUUCGCGUCACAAUAGAUCUGAUCACACAAUGGCUGACGACGACGAGAUGUGGCGGCAGCGCAGCCAACAGCAGACCGACGAGAUGGCGGCCGCAGUCAUCAGAGCCCGACAGAGACGCUUGGAUGAGGAGAAGAGGAUGGAGCGCAGCCGACAGGCGGCUCACGAGAAGCUCCGCAUUCUCGAGGAGAAGGUCGUCGAUAAGGAUGACGUGUCCUCUCGACACAGCAGCGAAAGCAAAGACGAUAAGCUGUCGUCGAGUCGUGACCCUCGGGGGGACGGCCGAUCGAAUUACACGAAUUCAUUUGCGGCGACCAAACAGUACCCGAAGAACGUUCCGCCGCGCUUUCAAAAGCAGGCAGAGAUGUUGCGACAGACACAGGGGUCCGGUCCGCCGACCGGUGCUGGGCAGCCGCCUUACGAUCAGCGGUUUACUCAUUCGUCGAAUCGAUUGCCGUCAGAGAGUGAGUCUCGCGAAGGCCGUAAUCUCGUGAAUAGUAGUCAAGCGAACAGUAAGGCGCCGGCAAUGGCUGACAACUCGCGAUCAAACAGUCAAAUAAGUUCUGGUCACGAAAGCUAUGACAGCGAACGCGAGAGAAGGACUCCUGACUACGAAUCUAAAGAGAGACGACCGCAUCGGACGUCCGGUUCUGAUAGCAAUAACUGGAGAGCAGCUCAGACUCAAAGGUCUCCAUUGGCUGAAUCCAAAGACAGUUCUCAGAGUCCGAGCGCUCGUCCCGUCGAUGACACCGAUAAUAAUCAGAACCUCCAUCGAGACGUCCCUAAGCGUGCGAAUGAAGAGUCGGAAUAUUUGUUGCAAAAGAGUAGUUCAGAAGUGAGAGACAAUAAACCGAAAGACGAGACGAUUGAAAGUAAGGAAAGUUUUAGUGAAAAACGAGUUUUGGUUGAAAGACAGGAGAGCUCUCAAAGUUCGCAUUCAGACAAACGGAGCACUUCUUCCAAAGAGGACCGCUUUGGGAAGCGAUACGAACGGUUGGAUUGGGCCGCAGAAUGUGAUAAUAUGUCGCCCAUUGGCGGCAGUUAUGGUCAACGGCGCGAACACAACCGUCACCGACCCGUUCCCAUCACUCAGAAGCAGUUUGAAAGUAUUACAGAACCGAUCAAAAAGAAUUUCACGCCAAUCAAGAAGACGAGCAACACUUCGGUCACCAGUUCUUACAGCGAAGACUCCAAAGAGGGUUCAGUCGACAAAACGAAGGAUACCCUCAGAAAGAGCGAAACCCCUCCUCUCAACACUACCGCCGCCUAUAAUGCCGAUAACCUGACGGCGAGAACUAGUUCUUCAGAUGUGUCUAAAGUGCAAACCAUUAGAGAGGAAACUCGUGGCGAGUCGUUGGGCUCCAAGAAAGAGAAGGACAGUGACAGACAAUACGACAGAGCGGUUGACAGAGAGAAGGAUUACAUGAAAAAGGAAUCCAUAAAAGACGACAGAAAUGUGCGAAAAGAGAGAAGUAAUUCGAGUCGUUAUGAGACGUCUCGGGAGUCGUAUUCGGGAAGAGGAGCGCGUUAUCCGACUACUACUGGACCCGCUUUUAGAGGGACAGGAACGGGAAGGGGUCGCGAAUACCGUCGGUCCCCUCGUUCUGGAGAUAAGCCCUCAUAUAACGAAUCAAAAGGGACUUUAAGUCCCGGAACCUCACGAAACAAAACGAACAAAUCUCGAAGAAAAUCAAAUUCUGACGAAAGCUGUGUUUCCGAAGACAUAAAUAAGACGAAAGAAUCGACAAAAGCGGAGAUCGAAAAGUCGAUUCCAGUGACAAUUACUGACUCCAAAGACACUAAACAUGAAGAGGAGAAGGAGAAGAGUGUGACUCCCGAUACUGUUAUGUCCGGCUCUGCGUCGUCAGUGGUUCCCAACCAGAGGAAUGACAUCUCGCGCAGAGGCAGAGGUUUAGUGCCCUUUAAAAACAGUAGCACUCGAGGUAUGCCCCGAGCAUACGGUCCCAGUAAUUACGGUCCGCCGCCGUCGAGGGCAGCGUUCGGCGACGGAUCGGUCCAUAAGUCUGAGUCCAACAAGAAUUACGACCAAAACCGUAACGAACGGAACGAAUCGAGAAAUUCUAAUCAAAUGCGAAACACUUUCAAAUCAGCCGCCGAUGAGAUGAACUAUAGUUCACACAUGAAUUCGCAGUCAAAUCAAUAUCAGGACAAUAAUAGGAACAGUAUUUCAAACGCUCGCAAAUCUGGUGCCCCCGGCAGUCGAGGCACAGCCAGCGCCAACACUCCCAGUAAUAACAAUCGUGCGGAACAAUUGCCGCCACGAUUUCAGAAGAGGAAUAACAGGCCAUCACAAGGACGUGGAGGUCGUAGAUCCGAAAGGAGUGGUUCUGGCAAUCAAUACGAUGACGGGGCCAACGAGGAGUGGGAGACGGCCUCUGAGAGCAGUGAUAUCGGCGACAGGAAUGACAGAAAGGCGAAGAAAAAUAGUUCAUCCGAUCAGCAAAAGACUGACAGCAGAAGUCAUAACCGGAAAUCUGAUAAUAGAAGAGGAGGUGAUUAUACUGACCGGAGGGGACAACACGUGAAUAGUUCGGGCAAUCAGUCGAGUGGUUACAGAGACGGUAGAGGCGGACGUAACCGCAAUCAGGGGAACGGCGUUCUAACCACUCGCUCGCCAAACACUAACCAACAGAGGAAUGGGACUAUCAGUGGCUCUAAUAUUAACGAUAAUAUAACUGUCUGUGCAUUAAGUGAAGUAACACUCGAUAACCCAAAUGCUGUCGAAGAGGCGUUGAGUGAUAUUAAGAACCGAAACAAAUCGAGUGAUUUGAUUGACGACCAGAACAACAGUGAGACUGAAGACGGCUUUCAAACGGUUUCGUAUAAGAAGAGGAAUCGAGUGAAUCAGGGAAACGACUCCAAGAAAUUCAAACAAGAGCUGAGCCCCAAGUCCAAGGCGACUGUCCGCACCCGUCAGAGCAAACUUGCGCCUCGUUUUGCUAAACAAAAGGAGAAUAAUAGUCGUCUGAAAACCAUAACCGAUGAGGCGUUCACUUCUACCGCAAAAAUAUCCGAAGAUUUGAAAUCUCUUUCAAUUGACAAUAAAAGCAGUGAAUCCGUUGUGAAGAGUCCCAAAGAAAAGGUUGAAAUAUCGACUCAAAUCAAAACAGUUCCCAACGCCUGGAGCCGACCAUUGAGUCAUUGCUCUCAGACGACGGCAAGCAAUACGACGAUCACUACGACCACCAAAACCACGACACAGACGUCCAGCUCUAAGGUGCAGGACAUUCACGCACUGAGCGUAUCGUCCAAAUCGAGUAGUUUUGAUCAGCACGACAGCGGCAUCGACGCAGACCAACCCCCGUCCACCGCCUCAUCCCAGCGCUCGUCCCCUUCCAACGACGACAACAAACUGAUCACAACUACCGCUAAAGUGACGAAUCCGACCGAAACCCGAACCGAUAUCGUGACAGACAUUGACGCUGCGAAGCCUAUGUGUACCGUUAUCUUCGAGAACACCCGCUAUAAGGAGGAGAACAAAGUAUUGGCCAAAAUAGCGCCCGCGAAGUCUCCCACCGCUAAGGAAAUGUUUGUCGCGACGACUGCCGUCAACAAUGUAGUGACAGAAGCGAGUCGUCCCAACCCACCGAUUGCUGCCCCGAAAAAGACCGAUUCCGUACUCAUCGAUGAGUUCGCCCUCAACGAGAAGACUCAGACACCAAAUGUGGCAAAAGUGGUGGGAAUGCAGAGAACAAGUGUAUUGCCCACUGAAUCGGAUCUCAAUGUGAAGAUAGCGUCGACCCGAAAGGUGUGGGAGAAUCCAUCCGUGCCCUCGACUAUAGACUCGACCAAUGAAAACGCGAAAAAUGCUUUAUUGAAGUCUUUUGAUGCAAAUAAGAUGAUUAGCUCUGAGAGCCAUACCAGUGAUGUCCACAACAUUGUGAAAGUGUCUGAACCGACGGCUACUAAAGUCCACUAUUCGACUGUCGAACCGAUAAACCCUCCAAAUAAGAGCAAAACUCCGGUCAUGACAUACUCGACGCCCACUCCCAACCAAAUGUCUCAAAACCAGUCGUACGUCAGUUCACACCAAUCGCAACCAUCACUCAUGUCAUCGCAACAAAUACUGUUGAAUACAAUAAGUUCUCCGCCUUUAGUGGAAAGCAUGCGUCCAGUGUCUGGAGUGCAGCAGUCCUUUCAGGUGCACACUAUGGCUCAAAAUCCAGCCAUUUCUACGCCCCCGACAAUGCUCUACAACACGCACGUCGGCGCCCAUAAUGUGUACCAAUCGUUUGGACCACAGAUGGAUAGUUUACAUCAGACACAACUGCCACCAGUUAUGGCCCAAUUUGGCGCUCAACACAACGCUUCGCAUUACGGCCAACACCUCCUCCAACAACACCAGCAAAACCAGUUGAAUCAGGCGAACAUUUUCAUGACUCAUCAGUUGACACAACCGUCGGCGUCCGAGCAGUUCAAGCAACUGAAUGCUGUGGCGCACCACCAGUCGCACCAGCAGUCGCUCGCAGCCAAGGCACUGCCUAUCAAUCAGUUCGUCCAUCAGAACACUUCUAAUUUGCACCAAACGUUAGCCAACUCUGGCUCGUGGACAGCGGCCACACCUCACAACCAGACCAACACACAAACGGCUAAUUACUAUCAGCAGUCAAACACAUUGAAUAACGUAUUGCAAGCACAUCAGCAACACUUUGCCUAUCAAUCUCAGCCAUCGAUGGGUCUAAUGUCGGCCCAGAAUUCGCAGGCGACCGCAGCCGCACUGGCCGUCCAGCAGUCCUAUCGCGCCACUCAACUACCGAUGGCUCGCACGUCGGCAGUCGACUCAAUGGCCACGAACUCCAUGGCAGCCAAUCUUCGGUCGAUGUUCGCCGGGAAUAUCAUUAAUGACAUGAAAAUCGGGAAUUCCGUGAAUCAAACCGUCGGUCAAAACGCCAACAACAGGACGUCGUUUGCAUACAACCAGAGCUCGCAAUCGUUGCAACAAAUACAACAACAACACCAACAGAUGUUUGCCGCGAACCAGAAGUUCACGGGUCGGGCCAUUCUGCCCAUCUAUGCCCAGCAGAUGCUGUCCCAGUCUGCCGCCAUCCCGGGCCGACCCAACUCCACAUCAAUGCUUACGUCUAACGUGAGCUCUAAUAACAGUUACACGACUCCCAUUCAGAGGCCCAAAGUUAACCGCAAUAACCAGUCGUAUGUGAAGAACACUCAUCCGACACACUAUCAGAACCAAUACCAGACUCAACCGCAACAACAACUACCACAACAACUGCCGCCACAACCACAGCAACCGACUAUAGCGCAGGUGAACGCCGCACAACAGGCGAAGAUGAGACAGGAGGCCGUCCGACAGACGCAGUCCUUCUUCGCGCAGUCAUCUCUGCCCACAACUAAAGGCGAGUCACCCCUCGAGGCACAGACCGGUGCACCAGAGGUCUCGGUCGACACCGUCAUCGCCGACAACACUACCCCUGCGCUCAACGACAACACAAUGAAUACAAUUGAGAAAAAUGACUAAAACAUGAUUUUAUGACUUAUUAAUGGAUUAUUAUUAUUAACACUAAACAAAAGUGCGAAUACUUUCACAUAAUUAUUAUCCAAUGAUUUUAAAGCAAAAUAAUUUAAAUGAAGUUUAUUAUUGAUAUUAAUAUUAAACAAUUCUCUUAUUAUAUAAAUAAUAUGCGAUUGCAUUACAUAUUACGGACCAAACGAUUAAAUGUUUUGCAGUUUUACGAACUACUUCUCAACACUUGAAAUGUGUUUCACUUUUAAUUUAAUUGAAUUUAAGGAUCGGAUGAUUGGGUUUAAAAGUAUAAUUGGCUUCACUUUAUAUAUGAUAUGAGUUUAUAUAUUAAUAUUGAAUUAAUGCCUCAACCGAUCGAUCGAUUUAUUUAUCGUAAAUAUAAACAAAUUUUCAAGACAUUCAACGAUUGGAACUAUGAAUCUAUAAGUCUAUAAGUAAUGUAUAUUAAAGUUAAUACUAAAUCCAAUUAUAUUUAUCAUUGAAUUUGUUUGAUUGAAAAGCAAACACAUAAUCUCUUUGGGUAUAAGUGUUAACAUUGUUUUUUCGCAAUCCAUAGCCCGAACACCCAAACUAUAAAUAAGUGUUAUUUUUAUUAGUUUUUUCAUUUGGCAUUUGAGGGCUAAACUGAAUUUUAUAUCUAAUAUUUUUUAAUGCAAUAAAAUAUUGAUAUAAUCGUUGAGUGUGUACUCAAAAACACCGAUAUUUCACAAAUGAUUAAAUUAUUUGAAUAUAAAUAUAUAUAUAUAUAUAUUAAGCUAAC